ACGUCACUUCCGGGGUCGAAAUCAUCUCUGUAAACUCUGGCUAUGAAACCACUACGCUAUGGCUGUCCUUCUGCUUCAAGAACCUGCAGUAACAACUGCAGUAACCGCUGCAGUAAACUCCUAAAACCAGUGAAGUAAUCUUCAGCUGGUUACCGCAUCUUUAGUUCCGUCAGGCUACGACCUCUCGCACGCCAGCAAUGGGGUCAAACUCUGCCCCGGGGAGCCCAGAGGAAGGUACUGUGUUCGACCCCGGGGAGACGGAGCCGAAUUCUACUCCAGGCAGCGUAGACGAGGGUCCACUGGUCCAACCCGGAGUCCCCGCGACCAGCCAUGGGUGCUACCCCCUGAAGCAGACCCACCCUGUGGAGUUCAAACUCCUGCGGCAGAGAUCUAUGGAAGAGACGACCUCGUCGGAGAUGAUGCUCGGAAAACAAAUUUCCGACACGGAAGUGAAUUCGGUGGUGUACGAGGCCGAGAGAAGCGUGCACAGCUCCAAAGGCAGCAGGAACACCUCGUCUAGCAAGUCGCGCAAAAAACCCAAGAAGAAAGCCAUCAUCACCGAGAACGACUUCAUGCUGAGCCGACUGAAGAAACUCAUCACACAACAACACAAGAUCACAUUCCCGAAAAUUAGAAAAAUUUCCGAUUCAGAUCGGAAGAGAAGUGGAAGUAGUGUCCAAAUUGAGUUGACUGAUUAAAGUAUUAAUUACAUACACGUCCCCAUCUUGUUUAAAAUGUGUAGGAGUUGUUGAAAAGUCCCUGAAACUUCUCGCGCCCGUCAACACAACAACUUCAAAACUCAACCAUUCAAUGAAAACUAAUUAACUUUUAACUUAUUUUAAAUCAUGUAAUUAUUAAAACUUA